AUGAAUCUUUUCAAAUUUCUUACCAUUACGAUUUUUAUGGUGUGUUUCUUGUGGGAUAUCAUUAGCGCCAAACCAUUACCCUUGCUAUCCGAUGAUACGGUUCUGCUCUAUCGAGAACCUUAUUUUGGUGGAGAUGUAAUAUCAAUCACACUUGAUCCUACUACGUGUACUCAAGUACCUCCCGAGUACGUGAGUUUCAGCUCGGCCAGAGUCUUAAAUGGCAAAUGUGCAUUAUUUUAUCGAGAAUUUGGUUGCCAAGAUCAACCUCAUGAAGUUUGCAGAGAAGAUCCAUUACUUCCUCCCGAUUAUUUACAUCAAAUCAGGUCAAUUCAACUAGAACUAUUAGAUCUGUAA